CCUUGUGCGGAGAGGCGCCUGUGUCCGGCGGCGCCGGAGCGGCCCGGCCAUGCCGCGGCCCCGAUAGGCGCCCCGCUCGCAGCUCCCCGCCCGCACCAUGCCAUGUGUCCCGCGGAGCCGGGCGGCACGCAUGGUCUCCCUCUGGCUCCUCGUCCUCCACGCCCAAGCGCCCUGCCUGGGCAGGGCCCCGCCGGCCGGCAGCUCCCCGUUCCCCGACGGCGGGCAAGAGCAAUUUGUGAAGACAGUGCCAGAUUACCAUGUGGUUCAUCCAGCAAGAGUAGAUGCAAGUGGGCAUUUUCUUUCUUUUAAUCUACACCAUCACAUCUCAAGCCCGAGGAAGAAGAGACAUCUUGGAAAAAGUGAAAAUGUGGUAUAUUACAAAAUUAAUCAUGAGGAGAAGGAUCUGUUUUUUAACUUGACUGUCCACAUGGGAUUUCUUUCCCAUAACUACAUAGUAGAAAGGAGACGUGGCAACCACACCAGAGCGAAGAUUUCAACUCGCUCGGGAGUUCCUUGCCACUUCCUUGGCACAGUGUGGCAGCCUGGCUCCGGCAGUGGGACAGCAGCAAUCAGCACUUGCAGUGGCCUGACUGGAUAUUUCCAUCUGCCCCAUGGGGAUUACUUCAUUGAACCCAUUAAAAAGCAUCCACACAAGGAGGGAACAUCCCAUCCUCAUAUUAUCUAUGGUGCAGAUAACCUUCAAAAUGCUUUAAGGAGAAGACGAGCCAUCCCGAUGGAAAAGGAACGAGCAUGUGGACUGAAUGAUACCCACAGCUUUUUCAAACAGCAGCAGCAUCGGAGGGAGAGAUGGGAACAAAAUCAUGCAGCUGUCAGAAGGGUUUCUCGGCGCUCUGUCAGCAAGGAGCGAUGGGUGGAGACGCUUGUGGUUGCAGACAGUAAAAUGGUUGAAUAUCAUGGAAGUGACCAUGUGGAGUCAUAUAUCCUCACUAUAAUGAAUAUGGUCACAGGGCUGUUCCAUGAUCCAAGCAUUGGCAAUGCAAUUCACAUUGUGCUGGUCCGGCUCAUCCUCUUUGAGGAGGUGGAGCAAGGCUUGAAGAUAGUGCACCAUGCUGAUAAGACAUUAGCCAGCUUCUGCAAGUGGCAGAAGAGUGUCAAUCCCAAGAGUGAUGUCAACCCCACACACCAUGAUGUGGCUGUCCUUCUCACCAGAAAGGACAUUUGUGCUGGCAUGAACCGUCCCUGUGAAACCUUGGGCCUGUCUCACCUGUCAGGCAUGUGUCAGCCUCACAGGAGCUGCAACAUCAAUGAGGACUCUGGCCUUCCCUUGGCUUUCACUAUUGCUCAUGAACUUGGACACAGUUUUGGAAUCCAGCAUGACGGAAAGGAGAACGACUGUGAGCCUGCUGGAAAGCGCCCGUAUAUUAUGUCCCGACAGUUGCAGUAUGAUCCCACUCCACUCACCUGGUCACAGUGCAGCAAGGAGUACAUCACACGGUUCCUAGAUCGUGGCUGGGGAUUCUGUCUGGAUGACAUCCCUCAAAAAGAAGUUCUGAAGUCCCCAGUCAUUGCUCCUGGUGUGAUUUAUGAUGUGCACCACCAAUGCCAGCUUCAGUAUGGUUCCAAUGCUACAUUCUGUGAAGAUGUGGAUAACCUUUGCCAGACGCUCUGGUGUUCAGUGAAGGGCUCCUGCCGCUCCAAACUGGAUGCAGCUGCGGAUGGCACUCGGUGUGGAGAAAACAAGUGGUGCUUCUCUGGUGAGUGCAUUACAGUAGGGAAGACUCCUGAAGCAAUCCAUGGCGAGUGGGGCCUUUGGUCGUCCUGGUCCCAUUGCACAAGGACAUGUGGGGCAGGAGUUCAAAGCGCAGAGCGGCCAUGUGAUAAUCCAGAACCCCAGUUUGGAGGAGACUACUGCACCGGAGAAAGGAAACGCUAUCGCAUGUGUAACAUCAGCCCCUGCCACAAAGACUUGCCAACCUUCCGUCAGAUGCAGUGCAGUGAAUUUGAUACAGUUCCCUACCAGAACGAAUUCUACCACUGGGUUCCUGUUUAUAACACAGCAAACCCCUGUGAGCUCCACUGUCGCCCAGUAGAUGGCCAUUUUUCAGAGAAGAUGCUUGAUGCAGUCACUGAUGGUACUCCUUGCUUUGAAGGAAGACACAGCCGAGAUAUCUGUAUUAAUGGCAUGUGUAAGGCUGUUGGCUGUGAUUAUGAGAUAAAUUCCAAUGCAACAGAAGACCAGUGUGGAGUUUGCCUGGGAGACGGCUCUGCUUGUCGUACAGUGAAGAUGAUGUUUAAUCAGAGUGAAGGAUUUGGAUAUGUUGACAUUGGGCUAAUUCCAAAAGGUGCAAGGGGAAUAAAAGUCAUGGAAGUUACAGAAUCUGGAAAUUUCCUUGCUGUGCGAAGCAAAGACCCAGAAAAAUACUACCUGAAUGGAGGCUUUAUCAUCCAAUGGAAUGGUGAAUACAAAGUGGCAGGCACAAUAUUUCAGUAUGACAGAACAGGAGAUCUAGAAAAUCUGACUGCUCCAGGACCCACCAAUGAAUCAAUAUGGAUUCAGCUGCUUUUUCAAGAAACUAACCCUGGAAUCGAGUAUGAAUACACUGUACGUAAAGAAGAAAGUAAUGAGAAUGAGAUUGGAGAGCCAGAGUAUUUUUGGCAAUAUGGAGAGUGGACAGCCUGCAGUGUUACCUGUGGAAGAGGCGUGCGGCGGCAGAUCGCCCACUGCGUGUGGAGGGGCAGCGGAGCCAUCAAGAACUCCUUCUGUGACCCAGCAACGCAGCCCAACGGGCGGCAGAAGAAGUGCCACCAACAGGACUGCCCGCCCAGGUGGUGGGCAGGGGAAUGGCAGAAAUGUUCAACCACGUGUGGCCCAACAGGCCAGAAGAAGAGAACUGUACUUUGCAUCCAGACAGUGGGAUCUGAUGAGCAGGCACUGGAUGUCAUGGAGUGCCAGCACCUGCUUAAACCAAAGACCCAUCUGUCAUGCAACAGAGAUAUCUUGUGCCCGUCUGACUGGACUGUGAGCAACUGGACUGAGUGCACAGUCACUUGUGGUGGUGGAAUAAGGACUCGUAGUGUCACUUGUGCCAAAAAUAAUGACGAGCCAUGUGAUAGUUCCAAGAGACCAAACUCUAAGGCCCUGUGUGGUCUUCAGCAAUGCCCUUCUGCUGGAAGAUUUCUGAUGCCCCCACAGGCACCCAGAAGAGGCAAGAUCAUAAUCAGAAAAACAACUGCUGAUCCUGAACGGAGUCUUCCUCGCAGAAUACCCAGACCAAACCCCAAGUUCCAUACAACAACAGAAACACCCAAGGAUGAAAGUGUAACUCCCUGUCUGCCUACGUCCUCUGGUUUGGUCAAUGUCUCAGGAAAAGAGGGAGCAGCCAACAGGACAUUACAAAAUAAUUCUGCUGAAUCGAGUGAUGUUUACAAUUAUCCGAUUGUUUCUGCUGAAAAUAGCUCAUAUCAAAAUAGUACUUCAUGGCCUUUUCAUAACAGCUUAAGUACUGAAAUUACAAGGCAUGCUGAAAACAGUUCUAGAAGUGAGCCGGUUUCUACUGCAGAAAGUGAGAUGCAAAGAAGUAAGGAGACUCCUGUUUCCUCUUUUACCAGUAAUCCAGAAAUAACUUCCAGCUAUGACUACUUAACUGAGGAAUCUGACAGCACUGAUUGGCCACUUGGAGCCAGCAAGAAAACAGUUGAUCUCUUUUACAGCACAGAACUCAGUCCUGAAAUCAGGACCAGAAGCACAACCAUGGACACUGCCUCUCCUGUCGCUCAGAAUGAGAGUGUGACUUCUCAGUCCCCACCAGCAUCUCAUCACCCUUCUGUGCCUGCUCCUGUUAGCAGAGCAGCACAAGGGCUGCCUUUUCCAACAGCAGCACACUAUGUCAGCCUGCAAGUUGAUGUGCCUGUUGUAGAGGUAACUACCCCACAAGCACUGGUUACAGAAAUGCCCACAGAGCUUGGUCACCCACCAAGAGACCAGACUGAGAGCAGAGAAGAAAUAAAGCUGCCUGACACCAUAAGUACCAGCACACAAUCCUCAGCUCCCAAGCAUGCUCUGAGCAACCAAAGUGCAGCAUCUGAGGGUGUUCUAAUGAACGUCACAGACAACAGACACAUAAUAACAUCCAACAGUUUGCCCAGUGAUGCCUACUGGAUAGUAGGGAACUGGAGUGAGUGCUCUACGACCUGUGGAAUGGGUGCUUUCUGGAGACAUGUGGAGUGCAGCAGCAGGAACACAUCUCACUGUCAGGACAUGAAAAAGCCUGAUCCUGCAAGGAGAUGUUAUCUCCGCCCAUGUGCUAGCUGGAAAACAGGAAAUUGGAGCAAGUGCUCUGUGAAUUGCAGCGGAGGCUUCAAGACCCGAGACGUUCACUGCAUUGAUGUUCGGGAAAAGCGGCUGCUCAGGCCUUUCCAUUGCCAGCUACUCGGCUAUAAACCACAGUUCAACACUAGUUGUAACGCAGAACCUUGCUUGCAAUGGCAUGUGGAGUCCUGGAGUGAGUGUUCGAGGACGUGCGGUGGCGGCCAGCAGGAGCGGCACAUCUCCUGCCCACGGGAAGGGCACUGUGACUGGACCCAAAGACCUGACACCACUGCGUCGUGUAACAGGCAGCCUUGCACACAGUGGAUUCACCAGGCCUGGAGCCCGUGUUCCAUUUCUUGUGGAGGGGGAAUUCAGCAAAGAACUGUGGAAUGCAUGAAUACAGAAACUAAUGAAACUGAAGAUGAUAGUAUGUGCAUGGAUAAACCCAAGCCCACAAAACAUCAGAAAUGUAAUCUGCAAGACUGCAGGAAAAAUACAGGGCUGCCCUGCAGCAAAGACCAGCUGUCAGUUCACUUCUGCCAGAGGCUGAAAGGCAUUGGCAAGUGCUUGCUGCCGUCAAUACAGACUCAGUGCUGCUUCACGUGUAGUCAGCCCCGAAUUCGAAGCAAAGCAAGACAUGGAGAUCAGCGAGGCUUCAAACAGCAAAAUUACACUAAGUCUAGGAAAAAACCACCUCAAAACCAAGGAAACAACAACCAAGCAGCUUGGCAUUAGCUGUUUCUUUUCUUGUUUCCUUGAAUAGAGCUUCUGUUUACAGGUGUUGUGUUCCUUACAUUUUUCUGAACCAUCCAGCAUAAAUGGAAAUCUGUGAUCAAAACUGGGAAAAUACAUUGCCUAGGGUUAUCAGUCGUAAUUUACUGCUUCAGUUUUUUCUCUGUAAUAGUCCUAAAAUUGUAACAUGAUUUUCCAUGUACCAGCAGCUAGUACUUUUUAGGCAUGCAUAGGCACUAGAAACAGGCCUGCAAGAAUUUUCUGAUUUUUUGUAAUGAGUGCUUAACUUGUUCUUCCAGCUCUUUUCCAAAACCUACUUGAAAUACCAGCCCUGCUUAUUCAAGAGUGCUUAGUGAAGGUGGCCCUUGAGGCAACAGACAUACCUGUGCCAUGGGCCAGUUCUCUUAAUGCUCACUUGCCUUUCUUUUUUAGGAAUAAAGGUGAACUGGCAGUUUUUCUCUAAAUUCAUUGCUCACUUCAUAAACUUAAAAGCAGAGUUUUGUAAAAACUGCUUGUGAUAGGCAGGAUGAAUUGAAAUACUGUUUUUUUCAGGAAGAAAAAAAAUCUUAGCUCAGUACUUGAUUGAAUCUCUAAAGGAUACCUCAGCCAUAACCUGUUCUUGACAGUUUUCUUCUGCUACAAAUGUCUUGCUAUAAAUUGAAAACCCCAUAACAUAUGGGAUGUUAAGUUCCCAAAUAUGUUUUAAGCAGCAUUUCUUGGUAGCACAAAAGCCAAGUUAUUUGCAUCUACCACCUUAAUAGUCAUAAAAUCAUUUAGGUUGGAAAAGACCUUUAAGAUCAACAAGUCCAACCUCUAAGCCAGUGCUGCCAAGUCCACCACUAAACCACACCCCUAAGUGCCAUAUCUACUCAUCUUUUUUACACAUUUAGGGGAGGAAACAGCAAUAUCUUUUAGACACUUUUAUACAUUCCAUCUGAUAGAAUAAUUUCAGUAUAAAGGAAAAUUGGGUUUUGCAGAUCUUUUGCUAGACAGACAGUAUUCUUAAUUAUCAUCCAUAGUUCCUCUCCAUUUAAAAUCAACUAUUCAAGGCCAUUUGAGAUUAGAUAAGACAACCGAGUCAAAACUAUGUCCAGUCUCUAUAGCUGCAGGUAUUCAGACACAAAUGGUACAUGUCAGCAGGGCACAAAAAGCUGUCUGGAAAUUGAUGGAGCAUAGUGGUUGUACCAGCUUAUUCUGCAACAAAAAUUUAACCUCAACACUUACCCUUUGGAAAGGGUGGUGUUCUCCCUCUCUUGACUUCUCACUUCCACCAGUUUUAUGUCAGUGGUCAGCUCCAUUUAGUUCAAGAAUGUUACAGAUACUGAACAGAGGAAUCAGGAAGCUUCACUGUAAUGGUUUCCACUUUUUACAGCACAAAGAGUAAAGGGGUCACAUAGUGAGAAAGCAAAAGACUUCUAAGCUGAUGUAGGUAAGGAGAAUUGGAAGUUGGGUCUUUUGCAUUUAGAAACCGGAAUAUUUCUGUUCUUUGACAAAUGAAAAAGGAAGGAGCAAUGAGGUAGCCCAGAUAAACAGUUUUCCUAAUUUCAUGUUAACUUACGUGAUAAAAUUCAAAUUUACAGACCUUGUCUGCAUGUACAGAUAUGGCAUGCAUGCAUUUCAGGUGGAAAUGUCUCAUGCUACAUUUUCAAAUCAAUUUUACACCAUUACAAUAAAGGCCAGCUAGCAACUGGAAACUCUGUAAUUCACACAGAUAUUCAGUGAUAGAGCUAUUGUUUCAUCCAGUAUCUCCCAAGAGAGCAUAAACCCACAUUCACAAGAGCACUCUACCACCUCAGUUACAGCGGAUUUUUCCCGCAGUGUAAAUCCAUAAUCACAGUGGAGCUGAGGGCUGCUGGAACAGUAAUCUGAGGCCCAGAAUAGUAUCUGCAUAGCUCAGGCCUCAGGCAUAAGGGCACCACUAGCCAAAUAGCGUGUCUGUUUUUGCUAGUGAAGAAAUUGCCAAAACAAACUUCAGGGAACCAAGACUGGACCCUUUGAACAAAGCUGGGUAUUUUGAAGAGAGCUGGACGAGAGAAGACAUUUAGAUUCCUUUGGAAUUCAGUAGGAUUUGGACACCUUCGUUCUUCUGGCUUUUUUGAAAAAUCUCAGAUUUUCACCCUACUUACCUUACUUCUUCAGACUGUAGUACAGGUAAAUGCGCGUUUUAUGUAGUAUAUGGUGAGACACAUGGUCAUGAAUCCAAGUGUCACUGUGGUUACAGAACUAUGACUAGCAGUAGCUUUUUUUUCUGGACAGGCCUUUAUGAAAGUUAAUAGAAGUGUUUCAGCCUGGCUAUAAUGUAUUAACCUAAUGAUGGCCACGAGUUGAAUUAUCAUUUUUCAAAGGUUUGUGUCCUUUGGCUAAGGACUUACUUCUUCACUUGAAGUCUCUGGGAGUUCAAAAUAUGCAGCAUGGUAAGGUUAGAUUUAUUAACCUCUGUGAUGGCAAUAUAACCCCAGUUUUAGGUGCUGAUGAAACAAAAUCCACUGUUUAAAAUGUGGUGCUAGGUUAACAGACAUGGGGAUGACUUGCAGUGGUGCACGUGUGUGUAUGCACACACUCUUACAAUAGUCUGUGUCUGUGGUGUUGCUGGCCAAUGCCAGACAUGAUGCUUUUAAUUUUCACAGUUUGCUUCUCUCCUUCUGGGGACCCUUUGAGCAAUAGAAAUCUGGGCGGUUCUUACUCCUCUGGGCACAGAAAUACUGAAUCAUGUGCAGGAGUAGAAGUGUCCCGCCUGAUUCAGGAAGAAUUUGGCCAGGGCCUGGGCUCGGGCUGCAUGGUGUAGACCAGUUCCCUGACAGCCAAACAACCUGGACUGGUGGGCAGUGCAGGUGCUCCUCACAUUCCCAGAAGAAUUCCAUAGGAUUUGGGCAGGACAGAGUUCUGUGUCAGAUUACUCUGUGUAGAGGUACCUGCAUAACACUUUAUCCAGAGGUCAGCAAAAGGAGGCCACCAGGUACAUGGGCUAAUGAGAAAAGAGCUGACUGAGUGGAUAUGGUGCAGGUUGGAGGAAAAUACCUGGAAGAGUUUUCCUUUCCAGUGCUCCUUAGGGCUAGUAUAGAGUUAAACCAAUUCUGCCUUCAUUGUUUUCUUCAGGGAGCUUUAUUUCAUUUGAAAUGAAUAAAAAGUGAAUAAAUGAUAUUAUGGACAUUAGUCAGAAUAAUCUUUCUACCCAGGGAAAUACAGUCAUUACUGUUUCUCAGCUUAAAACUUUAGGGAAAAUACUGUGACAACAGGAACCUUUUUAACAGAGCAGUGCCACUGCUAUUAUGACACAACUGUUCUUAAGUAAAGGUGGAUUUAUAAUCUGAACCCAGAUGGUCAUUAGUCUCAAAACUGAAUUGAAUACUAACUGCAGAGGUGUUUUAAUAUUGUAUUAUUGUAUUAGCCCAAGACACAUCAGCUUCAACAGAUUGCUCAGGAAAAAAUGUGUACUUGUCACAUUCACAGCUUGUUCUAACAUUUCAAGGUUUAAAAAGCAAACUAUGAUGACAUAUUUGUUUCAAGCUUCAAUAAAUGGCAUUGCAUA